AUGCAGUGCUACUCAGAACUCAUUCCGCCAACAGGUGUGACUGAGAGCCUACAACUGUCUUUUACUACAGCGAGAGCCAACAAUCUCAUCGUUGCUAAAACCUCACUUCUCCAAGUAUUCGACCUUAGGACUUCCGACAUAUCGAGUGAAGCAAGGCUCGUAUUACUUGCCGAGUAUGCUUUGCAGGGCACAAUUAGUGCUUUGGCCAGAGUCACUCUGGUCAAAUCGAAAAGUGGCGGUGAUGCAGUCUUGAUAGCAUUCCGCGAUGCCAAACUCAGUUUGGUUGAGUGGGAGCCGAGCCAACAUAGCAUCUCUACAAUCUCAAUACAUUAUUAUGAGAACAAUGACAUGCUUUUAUCUCCAUGGUCUCCUGACCUCAAGGAUUGUCUUACACGUCUUACUGUCGAUCCAAGUAGUCGGUGUGCUGCCUUCAACUUCAAUGAAAACAGUCUUGCAAUCAUUCCUUUCCAUCAGGCACAAGAUGACCUGGCCAUGGAUGACGACGAUCUGGACGACGUCGACGAAGACAAAUCCCCCACAAAGCAGACAAAUGGAGAGUCACACCACGACGACAAGCUUUACUUUCCCUCCUUUGUCCUUCCAAUGACAGCUUUGGAUCCUGGCUUACUUCAUCCCAUCGCCAUAACCUUCUUGUACGAGUAUCGGGAGCCCACUCUCGGCGUCCUAUUCUCGACUUCUGCCCCAUCCGUGAAUAUGGCUCCCAUCAGGACAGAUAUCUUGACCUAUGCUGUCUAUACUCUAGACAUUGAGCAGAAAGCAUCUACCACGUUGAUCUCCGUUACAAAACUGCCUAACGAUCUUUAUCAAGUCAUGGCCCUCCCUGCUCCCAUAGGCGGUACAUUGUUGGUAGGUGGCAAUGAGCUAGUACACAUCGACCAGAGCGGAAGGUCAAAUGCUGUCGCUGUGAACGAGUUCUCUAAACAAGCCUCGUCAUUUGCGAUGGCUGACCAGUCCGACCUAGAGCUUCGACUCGAAGGCUGUCAGGUACAAUCGAUAGGGGCAAUUUCCAACGAAGUACUUUUCGUCCUCAAUGAUGGUCAAUUUGCCGUUCUUACUUUUCGCACAGAUGGUCGAUCUGUAUCCGGACUGCAUCUGCAAUCAAUAGAUCCCUAUUCAACUGCCACUAUAUUUCAGUCUCGUUGCUCCACAAUUGUUCAGAUGGAAAAUCGCUAUCUGUUCCUAGGCAGCGAAGAGGCAGAUUCUGUCCUGAUUAGUACUAGUAACAAAUCUAACCAGUUGAAGCGCAUCCCGUCCCGUGCGUACCUGGACGACGCAAACGGUGAUUUCAAGCCAGAUGAUGAUAUGGACGACGAAGAUGACGAGGAUGAUUUAUAUGCUGACAGCAAAACCAACGGUGCCAUGCAGCAGGGAACUUUUGAGCCAAGCAGUAUCGUUCUGGAAGAUACUCUUCGUUCAAUCGCCCCACUAGGUCAUCCCGUCCUCGGAAGACCGCCCAAGCGGAAACGAGAGGAAGAUGGCGAGGAUAUCCUGGACGUACAGCAGUCAGACCGCCUUGAUCUAGUAGCCUCGUGCAAUCGCGGCACCAGAGCAAGCUUGGCUUUUCUGUCACGAUCACUACAGCCAAACAUUGUGAAAAGGCACAAGCUGGCGCAAGGAUCGUUAGUCUGGGCAAUGAGCAGUGAACCUUCCGAGCUCGAAGUGGAUGCACGUCCCUUCGACGAUAUGCUGGUUGUUUCGCAAGGAUCGCAAUCCCCUGUCCCACAAUCGACGCUGUUGUCUCUGACAUCGACGGUGCAAGAAAGGACGAACAACGAUUUCGAAACUGGAGACAAGGUCAUUGCAACUGGACGACUAAACACAGGUUCUCACGUUGUUGUCUAUUCCAGGGAUGUUCGUGCCUACAACAAGUAUUUCGGACUCGAUCAGAUUUAUGCGAUCGUCGAAGAAGAGGCUGGUGCUACUGCUGAAGUCGUUGCUGCAUCAGUUACGGACACUCAUAUCCUCAUUCUGAAAAGUGAUAACACUAUAAUAAUCUUGAAAGUGGAUAAGAGUGGCGAUCUAGACGAGGUCGACCUACCAGACAGUAUUUCGUCAGAGGACAUAUUAUCUGCCUGUCUAUUCGACGACCAUUACGACUUUUUCAAUACGAAGCAAUUUAGUGGCAAAAAGGCCAGUGCAAAGCCAUUGGUCUUGGCUGUGCUUACUGGAAGUGGUGUUUUUAGUCUCCAUCCUCUGUCCAACCUUGACGUACAAAUCUUUAGCUAUGCAGGACUGGACUUCCUACCAACUCAGCUGUCCCCCGAGCUCGAUAUUCCAAAGCAUUGGCGGACGAAGGACUCCCUGCUACAGAUCAGCCUUCACACCCUAGGGUCUAACAUAUAUGGCAAGCCGUACCUGAUCGUAAGGAACAGCUCAUCUGACAUCACAAUCUACGAACCAUAUCGCGAUCCUGAAGUCCAGGGCGUCUAUCGCUUUGUCAAAACGUCCUGCCACAAUGGCGACCCUCGUGAUGCAUACAAUGAGAAGGGUGAAGAACACUCAGAUCAUAUCUCUCGAUGUUCGUUGAUCCCACUCCACGACGUGGGCGGCGCAAGUGUCAUCUUUGCUGCUGGGAAAUAUCCUCGGAUCAUAACGAAGCCAAAUGCAGGCAUGCCAAGACUGCACUGGCUCGACAUUGGACCUGUCGAACAUAUCAGCAGCUUCCACGACUCCUCCUGCAACCGUGGAUUUGUAUACAUUGACUCGCAGAAUUGCUUAACCUUUUGCGAAAUACCUGCCGACAUCAUUCUCGACCACGCCGAUUGGGUCAUCAGAAAGAUCGGCAUUGGCGAGGAAGUCUCAGAACUCACCUACCAUCCACGAACUGGUGCUUAUGUUGUUGCCGCGUCCACGCCGGCGCCUUUCCAUCUACCUCGUGACGAUGAAUGGCACCCAGAGUGGGACGCGAAAAAUGAAAGCGCGACACCAAACUUCCUUCCGACCACAAGAUCUCAUGCUCUGAAAUUGAUCAGCGCUGUUACGCACUCCAUAAUCAGCCAGCAUACUUUUGCUGAGGACGAACAAGUUCUGUGUGUCAAAUGCUUGAACAUCGAAAUCAGUGAACAAACCCACGAACGCAAGGACGUCAUCGUCGUUGGUACAGGGAUAGUAAGAGGAGAGAAUGUAGUUUCCCGAGGCUAUCUCUAUCUUUUUGACGUUGUCGACGUUGUACCGCAUCCCGAAAUUCCUGAGACAGACUUGAAGCUCAAACUAAUGACACGAGAAGAUGUGCGCGGUGCAGUUACAGCCAUUUCCUCAAUUGGAUCUCAAGGGUUCAUCCUCGCAGCACAAGGGCAAAAAUGCAUGGUCCGAGGACUAAGAGAAGACAACGCCAUCCUACCAGUCGCAUUCCUCGACUUGAGAUACUACGUCUCAGUCGCCAAAGAACUGCCCGGAACAGGCCUGACCAUCCUAGCCGAUGCCUUCUCUGGUCUCUGGCUCACAGGCUACUCGGAGGAACCCUACAAAAUGCAACUUCUCGGCAAAGACCUCGAAAACCCAUCGAUUGUCGCAGCCGAAUUCAUGCCCCAGGACAAACAGCUCUUCAUCAUCGCAGCCGACGGAAACGGUGACCUCCGGAUCCUCCAAUACGACCCCUGGAACCCGAAAACCGAACGAGGCAGCAUCCUCCUCCACCGAUCAACAUUCAAUACCGGCUACCUUCCCACAAUGAUGACCCUCCUUCCACGCACACCCACUCCCUCCGAGGCCCUCGUCGCCGCUUCCGCCUCCACCUCCUCCCCAGACGACAACACACAACUUGACCCUGCCCCCUCCCCCCUCCAAAACACCCAUCAAAUCCUCAUCACAACCCGCGAAGGCGCACUAACCCUCAUCACCCCCCUCUCAGAACAAGCUUACCGCCGCCUAAGCACAUUACAGACUACCCUAACAACACAACUCGAUCAGCCGUGUGGGUUGAAUCCGCGUGCUCAUCGGCAGAUCGAGACGGAUGGUGUGGGAGGGAGAGCGAUGAUUGAUGGGAUGGUUGUGAGGAGGUGGUUGGAGCAGAGUAGUCAGCAUAAGUAUCAGUUGGCCGAUCGGGUAGGGGGGACGGUUUGGGAUGUUAGGAGUGAUUUGGAGGGGUUGGUGGGUGGGGGGUUGGGGUAUUUGUGA